AACAUCGCUGUAAUUGCGCAUGCGCUCGAAUGACGUCAUCCUAGGGAUUCCCAAAUUGUCCUGGUUAAACAUACUUUUACAUAACAAGGAAGGAAACAAGGAUAUUAACAAUCCGGAUUUUGAGAGCAGUGUUAUCUUCAAUAGUGGACGAUUUUAAAGUCGCAAAAUUACACAAAUACACAUGAUACUGUUUAUUGAGGAUAUCCGCAACUUAUUUGCUGAGAGGAUAAUGUAAACAUUUUAACAACUGCUUCGUAAGCAGAAGCGUUUAUUAAGCAAUUUCAUGUUUUGACAGAAAAAUGUGCCGAGUAUAUAUGAUAUAACGUGAGGACUACAUUACGUUAGGUGUCAUUUUAUACUAAGGAAAACUUUAUUUGUAAGGAGUGUCUGUAUGAAAGACUAUUAUUAACCAGUUAUUGACAAAUAUCCGUACAAGAUUAAAAUCUGUGGGAGAUAUUUGAUUUAUUAUGGUUUAAUGUGUAUUGCAUUAAAGGAAAGAUAACUAAGAAUGUUUAAGAGACUCUCAAAACGGAAAUCCAAAGAAGAAGAACUCAAGACUAAACUUCAAGAAGAAUCAGAAGGUCACGACCAAUCGGACUGGACGAUCGGUGAUUGUUUUGCAAAUUAUAACGAAAAAUAUGGAAACGUGGACGACAAGGGUAGUAACUCUGUCGCUAACCAGAAAGGGAGAAAGGACAGCGAUUACGAAGUUCCCUUAAACAGUGGGGAGGUCAUCUUGUAUUUAUUUGGUGGCUUUAAUCCCGUGCACACACAGCAUAUACAGUCGAUGGUUGAAUCCAAGAAAUGGCUCGAGGAGAACACCAAUUUCAAGGUCAUAGCAUCGUAUCUCACAUUAUCUAGUGAUAUUAUGAUUAAGAAUAAGUGUUCAAAAGACACCGACCCUUUGAUCAUGAAAUUUGAACAUCGGCGAAAGCUGUGCGAAAUCGCUUGCCAAGACAUCGAUUGGUUAAAAGUUCAUCCCAAAGUGUCACAGUCCCAGGGAGAGGUACGCGAGGUAUUAAAGGCAGACCUGAAAAAGCCAAGAGCUAGGUGUGCAGUAGUGUUUGGGACGGACAGGUUCAUAAAACCAAAUUCUAAAGGAGAAAUCGCGCUUACGCGUUCCAGGGACGUGGACACUUGGUUCGCUGUGUGCGUGGGACGUGAAGGAAUGCCUGAUUCGGUGGUACACUGGCUGCACCAUCAUUCAAGUGACAAUAGUCCUAUAAAUGGGUAUUACCUUGUGCCAACGACAUUGCCAAACAUAAGCUCCACCGAGAUCCGGAAGAAGCUGAAAUUCCUGAAGGAGUCUAAACAUGAGGCAGAUAAAGCUAGAAUCCUGCGAGAAAUGACGACCAGUAAUUGGAUUACCGAUAUGGAAGCUGAUUACAUAUAUCAGCAUUUCACUGACUUAUUUUGAUGUAUAGAUGUACACAUUCAGUGCUUCUAUUAAAGAUGCACUCUUACUCACAGAUAAGACUUACCACAUUUAAUAAUAUUGUUUAAAUAUUCAAAAAGGAUGAAUAAAUGUCGAAAACAAUGGUUCUUAUGAAGGAUACCGAGUUUAAUUUGAAAGAAAUGAGCAUACAACACGUAUUUCUACCUGAUGAGACGAUAGUAUUUCUCAGUAAAUCUUUUAGCAUUCACCAAUCAUUUUAAUAUUUUGCGCUUUCUGCUAUUAAAUACGCAGCUACAAUCUUGUUAUCAGUAAUUAAUAUUUUCCAUAAAUGCACUAUUUAGUUAGAAGUUUAAGGUUUAUCAGUCAAAAUUUAUGUUUGUUAUACAUGUGUAUGUAUUGAUUUUGAAUAAGAGUGUCACUUUAAUUAUUUUAAAAGUUGAAAUCUGAACUAUCACUUUUGGAAGUUUUUCUUUCAAAUAUGGAAGUUCAAUUAUUUCAAACAAUAUUUUUUUUCGAUCAUUGUACAACAAUUAUAACAAAAUAUGAAAAUUGUAUUUAGACAAUUAUUUUAAUUCAAAACUUUAUAUAAAUGUGGCCAUUUAUGUCACAUUGACAACAGCACUUGAUAUCUUUUGACUUCCAUCCUUCCAACGUAGGAAAUUUUUAUCCAAAGGAAUGGAAGUUUCUGUACUUCCAAGAACACCAAUUAGGAAGUUCUAGCCUUGUUUUAGUAAAUAAUAUACUUCUAAACUUCCUUCAAUGGAAGCCUAAGACAUUGACAGAAUGUGAAAAAAUUGCCAACGACUGUGUUGUAACCUUGAUCUAAGUCAUCAUUUAUAAUUCCAACCACAAAUCAAUCAUUAAUUAUGCAAUUUAAGUCUGUGGGGUGUAAUGAUGAAUUCGAUCAUGGUUAAAACACAAUUAUUAGCAAUCAAUAACAGUUCGCUGAUUAAUUAAAAUUGGAAUUAUUAUUACCGGCUGUGCCUUGCAGAUUGGGAAAAAAGUCGACUUUGGGAAAAAUACAAAACAAGGCCAAAAUAUUAUGCAUAUAUUAUGCUGUGAAAGAGUAAGUCUUGUCAACAUUUUGUUUAUUUUUCAAUUAAUUUAUUGCAUUUUUAUUAAUUAAUGUAGUCUGCAUUUAUCAAAUUGCGGAAAAAAAAUUGGUGGGGGGGGAUUGGACAUUUUUUGCAAGGGGAAACAGCCUUAUGAAGGCUGUAAAUUGCGCUAUAAAAUCACUGGUAAUCAAUAACAGUUCGCUGAUUAAAUAAAUAACAGGCGAUUUUUUGGGGAAUACAAUGUUAUGCUGUUUUUUGAUUAUGAAUGGUUGAGUAAGAAAAGUCACGUUAAGCGUUGAUGUUGAUUUUUCUUAAUACACCCACUUAUUUUACAUAUUUUACAAAUGUACAUCUAAAGUAGAUGAUCAAAUGUUUGAUUUUAUUCUAAACUUAAUGAUAACAAUUAAAAAGCUUUGCUGAUGUAAACAUAUGACUCACAAGUGCUCUUAUAUUCACAUUUUGGAGCGGGUCCAAAAAGAGAGAGACGCCUUAUGAUUUUGAUGAUUGUUGUGAUUAAUUAAUUAUACGACGAAAACUUAUGUAAGCAAUUUACAUCAUCAGUUAAGUUUAUCCAUUAAAUAGUCCGUGCAUUUCUAAUUGUAUUCCUUUUAGAAUGUUCCCCAAGCAUUAUUGCCUAUUUGAGAUGUAUUGAUUAGCAGUAAUGAUCAAUAUAAUCAUGUGAACUUUAUUAAAUAAAUUUUGUUUUCAGAUAAAAACUAUUCUAAACUUAAAGCUGCACUCUCACAGAUUGAACGUUUUGACAACUUUUUUAUUUUUUGUAUUUGAACGAGCAAUUUUAUGCAAAAAUCCAUAAAAACCAGUUAUAAAAUGCUGCUGACAAAAAAUUAGAUCGCAGAUUUUUAUAUUUAAGUUCAAAAAUUGAUGUUUUAUGCAUUUUUCUUAAACCGUUAGUAAUGAUUUAAGCCAUAAAACAUUAUUUUUUGAACGGAAAUAUGACAAUCUACGAUCUGAUUUUUUGUCAGCAAUCUUAUAUCAUUGGUUUACAGAUAUUCACGCAAAAAUUUGUUCUUUCCGAGACCAAAAAUAAAGUUGUAAAAUUGGUAAAUAUGUGAAAGUGCAGCUUUAACAUAUCAUGUGAACAAUAUGAAAAAAUGUGUUUGAGAUAAAAACAAACAAAAACAAUCUAAUAUUAAACUUUAAGUACGCUUAUCCUUCCUUGCAUGUGUGGUUGUUUUCUGUUCUGUGUAGUAUAACUGAGAUUGAGUGUUUUGGUAGACAUCUGUUCUACAUAAUGUAUUGUUAACAUGACGUUUUGGUAUUGAAAUACACUAUUUUUUCACUAUUUGAACUCAUGUAGAUGGUUAUAAAAUACACUGACACAUGAUCGAG